AUGUGGCACUCUAGGCACUUCCUGCCGUCUGGAAGCCACACCGGCUGCACUUGCCUAUGCACAGCUGUACGACACACUUCACUAGCAUCCCCAGUCUUCACCCCUUGCGAGGCAUCAUCAAGGCAUUCUAUUCCUUAUUCGAUAUUCGCCACCGCGGGCAUUGUUCAGGAUAGCCGUUCCCGCGAUCUACUAGCAGUUGCGGGGCUUAGAUGGCUGCGCCAUAAUUAA